AUGGCUUCCUCUCAAGCAGGACCAGCCGGCUCAAAUCAGGAACCCGACCGCAAACGUCCCCGCCACGAGAUGGACGCCGAGCUCCUCACGAACCACCCCACCCUUUACUUCGACGACGGAAAUCUCAUCCUGCAAUGCCACAAAACACUAUUUUGCGUGCAUAAGUCGCUGUUAUCGAAACAUUCUCCUGUGUUUCGGGAUAUACUAGCCCCGGGGCUUCAGUUAUUGGAGCUCAGGGGGAAAAUGUUGCUGAAGCUGCCGGAUGACAGGGAUGACAUGGAGGCAUUAUUGGGGACCAUAUAUGAUGGCUUACGCGUCGACUUCCCCGAAAUCACCAUUUUGAAUUUCCCCACCAUCGCAGGCAUGCUCCGCCUCAGCAACAAAUAUGCCCUCGACCGCCUCAAAUCAGAUAUCCUCGCUCGUCUCAAAAAAGAAUGGCCUGCUUCACUCAUCUCCCACCUCGACAAAAAUCGAGCCUUCACUCAGAAAUUGGCUCCCGCCCAACCAGUCCCAGGCCAAGCGCCACCCGCUCUCCCAGUCUUCGACGUAGACCAGGACCUUAUCGUGCACCCCGCAGCAGUGAUUGCUGUGCUGAGAGAGGUGAAGUGCACGGACGCGGUGUUAUUGACGCCUCUAUUCUACGACUUAAGUCGGAGGGUGUGGCAGUUGGCGGGGACGACGAGUGGCCAUCAUCUUGGCCCUCUCGGCGCCUCUGAUGUCGAGCGUCUUCUCAUCGGCGUCGUUCGACUACGCACCUCGCACAUGCUCAAAGCAUCUGCGACUACGCUGGCCAUGCUGCCCAGUCGAGAGCAUCAGCCCACCUGCGGUACGAGAUGGGCCUCAGCAUAUAUUCCUGCGUUGAACCGGAUAUUGAUCAGGGAUAGUAACCUGAUGUCUGAGCCCGUGGAGGAUUGGGAGGCUGCGAAGCUGUUCGUGAGGGCCAUCCCGGAGCAGCAAGGGAUGUGUGCUGGGUGUAAGGAUGUGGUAGUGAAGUAUGUGGAAGAACAGCAGAGGCUGAUAUGGAACUCUUUGGCGGCCAGUUUCGAACUGGUGGUUGGAUAG